AUGGAUCAGCAGCAUGAUCCAUACGAUGAGCCGACAGCGGACGAGCUGGUCGAACGACACCGUAAUAUCCAUUCAAGUUCAACAACACCGCCCACCCCAAAACGACCACCGUUGACGGUGAUGAAACGUGGGAACAGUAUUGUGAGCAGCGUGGAUAGCUGUUCGUCACCGAUCUGCACUUUUGGACGUGAUUAUGUCUAUUCGCUGCACCAGAACGUGAAAUCGUCGUUGUUAUAUGGGAAGAAUAACGUGACAGUAACGAUAUCACCAGAUGGUCCGCCACUAAAGGGAUAUUUGUCGCUGCAUCAGAAUUCACCGGGUAACGUAACCGUCAAGUGGACGCCAAAUCAACUGAUGCAUUCAAGCUCGCAGCCGUCAUCUGCAUCCUAUGAACAUCAUGCAUGCGAUAACAAUUGGUUAUGGAGGCAUACACUGAACAUAAGCAUCAACGAUAUUAUCUAUGUCCACAUACAUCAGUAUGGUUAG